AUGUCAUUGUGUCCGCACCAACUCGUUCGGUCCCGUCUGAACGGGUUGCUUUCGUCGCAAUGCCGCAGCGCAGGCCGAUGGUAUCGGGACCCCGGGGCGCCAAAUUUUGGACAUAGAGUGCAGCAUGCCUCGACUUCCGGUUCUUCGGCGAUCUUGGAGCCUGGAACUACACACGAUGACCUUUCCAGUUCCGGAAUAUCGCAACUUGCCAACCACGAUCCCGAAAGCCCAUACCCCGAGUCAAGUCAUUUCGCAACAGAUGAAUAUGGCAAUGCUGAGAAGUCAACCUCGAGAACUCGAUCAAACCACCGUCAAAUCCGAAGAAAUGUGGCACCACUCCCACUCAUGCCGAAGAAGGAAAUACGGAAGAUUAUCCAUGCGCAAGGUCUUGCUCCCAGUCUCGUGAAUCCUAUAUCUAGGAGAAUCAACGUCGCAAUCCAAAAACAGGGCAGACCAUUGAAAAAGCGAACACUUUAUCUGAUGACUGUGAUGCGACUGAACUCCAUAUAUACGCGCGAGCUGGGAAUUCGCCAAUGGAAACCCGCAUAUGAAGCGAUCUACAAGGCCAAGGUAUAUGACCGCGAUGUCAUAAAUAAAGCCGUUCUCCCUACACUGCGAGGCGAGGGAGAAGCAUUGCUAGAAUUGGUCCGCAGUGACUGCCAAGGGAAAUUCCGCGAAGAGUGGGGAGCUAUGACAAGGCCUCGAAAGGCAUUUGCCUGGCAGCGCCUUGCCAUUUGGCUGUUGCAGAACGACCCCAAACUAGCAUUGGAGUUCUUGCUUGUUACGACCGCGACCCAAGAAAAGCCGGACUUUACUCUGGUCGCUGAUUGUCUGUUGUAUCUGGAUAGAUUCUAUUAUGAGGACUGGCUUGAAGAUUGGCAGAGCGGUGAUCACACAUAUCAAUCGCUUGUUGAGACUUGCCUGAACCCAAAGGAGUGGCCCAUCUUACAAACGCCUCACAAAGGAUUCCGGCUCUUUAUUCGCCGAGCGAGCGCAGACGGCGUCUCCGAUGCUAUGCGGAUUGUGAAGGAGAGGGGCAUCUUCAUGACAGCUGAAACAGCGCUUUGCUUUGUGAACCGUUUUACGGAACUCAAGGACGCACAACGGGCCUUGGAAGCCCUGGAUUUCCUCCCCAAAAUUAAAGAUCCUGAAUUUGGCAUGAACUCCGAAGGUGUUUCACGACACUGCUGCAAACUCUUAACUCUUGACACCGUGGAGGAUAAAGAUGGUGGACGCAAUUUCCGAAUUCUUCCCCAACUACUCAAGAUGGGCAUCAACCCUGGACGAGACAUGAUGAACGUUGUGCUCGCUAACGCUUACAAAACCGGUGAUCCUCAGCUGGGGUCUGAUAUGCUUCAGUUCAUGAGGAAUCACGGCCAUGAUUUCGACUCCUAUACCUACUUGACUCUCCUCACGGACGCAGUCUCUCGAGGUGACCGGGGUCGUGUCGACGAGUUGGUCCAGGAGGUUGAGAUGCAAGAGGAACUACGAAAGAACCCAUACAUCUUCAGCAAAAUCUUCCAUGCCCACUACACUUUUACCGCCAAGCACAUCGACCCUAAUACAGACCCCUCGGAGGUCUUCUACUCUAUGCUUGAAAUGUACAACAGACUCCACGACAUCACUCCCCUCAAAGAACUUCACAUGAUCCCUCCCCAAUACACCCAACCACCAACCCAAGGAAUCAGAGGCCCACCCUCCCCAGUAUCCUUGUUCCUAAUGAUUUCGACGUUCUUCCGCUGCAAAAACCGGCAAAACCAUGCGCAUCGCAUGUACGAACAGUUCCGCACCCUCGCGCAGCAGGGCCACCCAUCCAUCGCCCCUCUAGUCGAGACUGAUCACGUCUACAACGAGUUCCUCAUUGCCUUCCGCAGAGCCGACCGUGGACUGCGGGGCUGUACCUCUCCACCCUGUCCAGCCAACCCCCGAACCUGGACGAUCCUCCUCAGUGCCUUCAACUACCACAACCGCCCAGAUGCAGCAGAAAAGGUCAAGCAAAUGAUGGCCAAGCAUAACGUCAGGUAUAACGAGGUCACUUGGAAUACCAUCAUCAACGGGUAUGCGAAUGCGCAGAAGAUUCCCGAGACCGCUGCUGCGAUCAAGAUGAUGGAGCAGCAGGGUUUCCCGAUUGACCCUUACACGAUGAAGAGUCUACGCUAUCUGCGUGACCCCGAGCGGCUCUGGGUUUCUAUGGAGGAGUUGGACGAUCAGCAUGUUCAGAAGGGUCUUCAGCCUACUCCUCCGCUUACUGUGCCGGACUCUACUUCUGAUAUUCACGCUGGCACGGAAGAGCGUGAUCAGCUGAUUGAUCAUGGCUUGGAGAAGUUGAAGCCUAAGCUGUGA